AAUUGACAGAAGUCAGUGUCGUCUGUUGAUCACGGAGAGACAUUUUUCGCGCGGUUUUAGGAAAACGUCAGAUCGAUCUUGUUUGUUAAGGCAUCGGAAAUAUACCAUAUCUAGCACAUUCCGGACUCAUCUAUCAAAAUACUAACUUCGUAAUUCCAUUUGAAUAAGAUAUGGCAGAAAAUCAACUCUCAGACUUCCAAACGAAAAAAGUUCUUCGAGUUUUCAAUAUACUUUAUGGCAAAAAUGACGACGGGGUUAUAGCAAAAGACGAUUUCCUUAUUGCCAUUGAUAAAUUCUGUAACAGUCUCGGAUGGCCUAAGGAUGGAGAACAAUACAACAAAGGGAAAGAAACGCUUCUCUUGAUAUGGGACGAUCUGAAAAAAUACGCCGACGAAAAUCAGGAUGAUAAGGUCUCUAAAGAUGAAUGGGUUCAGAUGUGGAGUGAUUGUCUACAGUCAGUCAAACACGGAAAACCUUUUCCAGAAUGGCAGCAGAGGUUCAUGCAGUUCAUGUUUGAAGUGAAUGAUAAAUCAGGUGAUAAUGAAAUUGAUAUAGACGAGUAUACGACAGUAUGGAAUCAAUCAUAUGGAAUCCCCAUAGAGGAAUGUCGUCAAGCAUUCCACAAGAUAUCUGAUGGCAAGAACAUCACAAGAGAAGUGUUCGAAAUGCUUUGGAUAGAGUAUUUUGUUUCAAAUGAAAGGGUGGCAAGGGGUAAUUACCUCUUUGGCAUUCCAGACUUCAUUUGAAAUUUACAUCGGCCAAUGUCAGAUUUCUGUACCAAGAGAGGUAACCUGAUUUGGGUUUCCUCUUUGAAAAAUUUAAUUCAGUUUUUGAGUUGUCGCUCCUUUCAAAACAGAGAAAAGAACCGCUACGCCCGAUAAUGUGUAGCGAGAAAAUAUUUUAUUUUAUUUUAUUUUUUCACAUUGUAACUUAUACCUCAAAAAAAAAAUUAUAUAGAUCUAUAUGAUUGUAUUUUCUUUAUUGAUUGUUAAAAAAUAUAUUAAGCUGAAAUUGAGUAGAAAUAAUUAACUUGCCCUAUUUCUUGGAAAUUGCCAGAUUUUGUUGGAAUAGAGAUUUGUUUUUCGGCAUAAGAACGAACGAUAACUCUUGUUGUAUACAGGACGAACGAUAACUCUAUGACGAGAAAUAAUGUGCUCUUAAAUUUGUAAUAUUGUCUCUUAUUUAUUGUAGAAAAUAUUCAUAUUGUAUUAAAAUCCUAGAACUUUUUACUUUUAUACAUUUGGUAUGUGUUCUAUGUAGUAAAAAUGUAUAAUGCAUUAUUAAAUCACUUAAAACUAUAA